CCCAUCUGCACUGCCCUCCUCGCCGUUUCGUUCGCACGUCGACCUUCGCCGGCUCGUCGUCGCCUUCACCGACUUCGCCCACCGUCGUCUCGCCUCACGCUACUUGGUCUGAUCAGCCAAUGUGCGUGAUCCACCCGGCUCCCGUGACGUCCGUCCUCGUACUGCGCGCCUCUUCCCCGAGUAUGGAGGGCUGCCGCUGCUUCGCCUCUUCGGGCAGCCGCGGCGCCACCUGUGGUCUCCUUCGCCGUUGCAUCCUCACCGCCGCCGACUACAUCCACGACCUCAUCGUUGACUUAUCGCUGCGCGUCCCGCGCAUUGUCUUCGUCAAGCUGUACGGGUUCUUCGCCAUCUCCUUCGAGCACCGCCGCCGCGCAAUCCGGAUCAUUCGGCCUUGUGCUGGAAAAUCUGGGUUCCCUUCCUCACUUCGUCUAGCACAACCACGUCGCCAGCGUCGCCAUCUCGUCCCCGACUACUUCGUCUACUCCAGCAACAGCAGGCGUUGGCACCUUCUACCUCGCCUUCUUCUGCGCCUGCGACCGCCAUGGAGGCCUUCUCUGCUGGUCGCCCUCGGCGACGGCGUCUGGUUGUGCAUCUUCCCUUGCACGUCCGGUAUUGGCAACACCAGUGCGUGCCCAUCGUCCCCGAUGGGUUCCCAAGUCUGGCAAACUCGGGCAUGUGUCGCCCGAUGA